ACAUCAAAAUUCUCUUUCUCCGUCUUUCACGUCAAACAAAACCAAAAAGAAUAGUUCCAUCAUGGCAACUCAAAACCUUCCUCCCUUCUUCACAAAGUGAUAGACAAAUAGACAAAGAAAUCCGAUCCCUGUCGUUGAUCCAAGCAGAAAGCUUCAGCAAUGAUCGGCUGUCCCAGUAUUGCCAUCGUCUCAUUUUGGAAUUUCCUGCUCGUAUCGUCGGCUAACGGAUUUUUGCCCCUGACAAUAUCUAAGAACGAUGGUUCUACAUCUUUCGCCAACACGGAUUCUGGUUGUAUCACCUUCAAUAGAGAAGCCCCCGUCCGUCGACAAUUUGGGAUACCAGCACAUUACUUUGACUCGAAAAGUAUUACAUCCUCUCUCCGAAACACGAAGAAUGGAAAUGAUCAGGACGUCUUUCCGCGUCACCUAAUCGAUGCGUUGGACUUGGCUCAAAUCAUCGAGGAGGUUGCCAGACACACUGGCACUCGAAGAGGCUACGAGGCUUUGUUAUCGACCGUUCAACGCAAACCAUCGCGAAGGGAAUCAAGCUCCACAACCCCAUUAUUCCUGUCAAAUCGACAACGAGAACGGUAUGGUGUUGCGGAUAUGCUUGGACCUUCGUCUCUCUCGCCUAUUGCAAAGUCAUUCGAGGAGGUUCAAUCCGAGUAUGCGUUAGUCGAAGAGGCAACUCUAUUGCUGUCUCCAAACAGAAACGAAAUCGAUUCCUCUGGCUGUUUGACUUACCMUCCUCUCUAUGGUGAUUCUGAAGGUCCUUUCGACAUUCAUGUGGCAUCCCAAACAGACGACGACGAAUGGCUGUUCCUUCCAUCCGAAGAGUACACAGCAGAAAAUAUCUUACAAGCGGAGCAGGUCAUAAAGAGACUUCUUGAAAUUCGCGAAUGGAGUCAGCAAGAAACAAUGAAAACGUGGGCGCCAACACUAGCACAAAUGGGAUCUACCAUCGACGAGGACGACGAAAACACACUUUCGCAAGUUUACGACGAUAUUGCCGGAACUAUUGAAAUCGUUCGAAUCAAGUCACUCACUAGCUCGUCGGGAAAGUCAUCGUUUUCGGUUCGAGUAAGAGACGAUGCCUUCCCCGUGCUUCGAUUGCUGCGAGAAAAGGAACAAAAGCUGCUAGACAACGGUGGGAAAGAAUUAGACAAAGAUCUUGUCGCCAUCCGUGCCGAGAUCGAGGGAACAACGUUUCAGAUUGUAUCCAGUCAAGCACAAAAAGUAGUCAGUGUUACGAAAAGUAUCGAUCAGGGAUUGAAUAUUGCGGCAAGGCUCGAUAUAAUCAUGGCAAAGGCUGCCUAUGGAAUGUCUCUGAAUGGAAUUGUACCAUUUGUGAACACCAACGGAGAAAUUGCAAUAGAGAAUUUUCUCCAUCCAAUCCUUUUGAGAACGAUAGAAGACAGAGAUCGUGUAGUCCCGAUCGACCUUCGCCUAUCGUCUGACACCGGGGAACGUGCACUCGUCAUUAGCGGACCUAAUGGUGGCGGAAAGACACUGUCGAUGAAAUCUUUCGGAUUGGUUUCUAUUUUAACAACGCUUGGCAUACCGAUCCCUGUAAAAGAGGGAAGUGCAAGACCAAGAGUCGACUACUUCGACGAGAUUUUCGUCAAUGUGGGGGAUCAGCAGAGUGUACUCGAUGGUGAAUCGACUUGGACUUCGAUACUAAAUUCGUGUGCUUUGAUGCUCAAAAGAAUUGGCGAGCAACGGGAAGAGGGUGAGGACCCUUCCCAUCUUGUAUUGCUCGAUGAACUUGGUACCGGAACUGAUCCUGAAUCUGGCGGUGCAGUUGCUCAGGCUGUGUUGGAAGAGAUGAUAGAAAAGUCGUGUAGAGUUGUUGUGACAACCCAUUUGCCACGACUCAAGGCGUUGUCUUACAACGACGAGCGAAUAGGCUGUGCAGCUGUCCUAUUGGAUUACAGUGAUUCCUCUACAUUCCGCCGACCGAGUUUUAAAUUGGAAUAUGGUCUAAUUGGAGAAUCACACGCUCUCGGGGCAGCCUCGAGGUGCGUACCGUCCCUUCCCGAAUCGGUAUUAUCUAGAGCCGCUGACCUCAUGAAUGACACUAAUGAGACCGAAGAGGAUGGGACACACAAAAGUUACAUUCAAGCUCUGACAAAAUCGAUGGAAGAUCAACUCGAGCGAUCUAGGAUGGCAACAUCAUCAAUAGAGGAGGAUGCCAUUGAUUCAUCGAGAUGUCGAGAGGCCAUGGUGUCUCUGGCUCGUUCUUAUGAAGUUCAUCUGGAUCGAAGGCUGGAUAGCCUUGAAUCUACAUUCCAGAAACUGAGGGAGAAGAAAUUGAGUGACUACGAGUUGGUUGGGACUACCCUCGCCGAAUUGAAAGCCGUUAAGAAGAAAAUAAUAAGCCAAGAAGAAGAACUAGCUGCAAAAGGCCUUCAAGUUUUACCAGUAAGCUAUACCCUUAGUCCUGGUGAAUCGGUCAUCAUUAUCUCAAAAGACGAAUGGGAAGGCAUGACAGCAAAAGUCAUAUCCGAUGGAUCAACGGGGGCUUCUUCGUUAGGUCCAAACCAAGUCUUGGUGAGACCCUCUUUCUCAUUGCAUGCCUKGGAUGAUGUCAUAUUGAACAGUAAUAUCGAGCCGAUGGCAGAACGAUCAUUGAUUCUGCAGCGCCAAGAUAUUGCAAUAUGGCAGCUCGACAGCAUUUACGACGACGAUGCUUACCAAUCAAAACCCGCAACUAGCAUCUCUAAUUCGAAGCAAAAGGUCAAUUCUUUGCUUUCCACUCUUGAUUCCGUUUCGAAGAAAAGCCGCCCUAAAAAGGCUGUAAAGAAAAACCAAGCAGGGAAAAAGAAAUUCCAGUCAUCACGGCAGCGUAAGGCUGCAAACAAGGCAAAGAAACGAUGAUGGUUGCAAACAUUUUCGUUCUCGUUUUACUAAGUUUCAAGAAAAAAAUAGCCAUUGCUCCACUGUAAUAGUAAUACUGAGUUCCACAGAUCAAUUCUUGUUAUCAAUCUGAAAUUCAGCCUCAUAAUUGAAAACUAAGAAUUGCAAACUAACUCUGAGCUCACGAAAAAUAUAGAAUGUUAGAUUGA